AUAUAAGAUGCAGAGGGUUGAAGAGAACGUUUUAGAUGAGGAAAUUGAGUUUUAUGGUAAGAUGUUUGGAAUAAGAGGCUCUGGAGGGAAUGGAGAGAUUAAAUCUUAUAACUUUGGAGAAGGAAGAUGGUUGAAAGUAUUUCAUAAGGGUACUAGUUUGAAUUGGAUCUCUCCUGAUAAAAUUCAAAAAUUGAAAAUGCACAAAGAGACUAUCAUACGCUUAGAGAUUCAAGAAUUUAGCAAGAAAGAUUUACUUAAAACUCAAAAUGAUAUAAACAAAUGAGAUAGCAAACCAAUUAAAAGCCUCUAUUUUAGAAGUAAAGGAGAACCAUAUCCAAAACUAAAACUCGGGUCUUUCUAUCCUUGUUUAACAAAGUUAGCAUCACUUGCUACCUAUUCAAUUAGUAUUAACAAUAUCAAGCUGAAUAAGUAUCAAAUUAGUUGCUUAUUCAGCUGCAUAAACUCUAUAAAUGACAUUGAACUUGCAUGCUGAAAUAUAACCACAGAAAACAUAAGGAUUGCAAAACAUAAAGUUCCUAAAAUCCAAGAGGUUCGCUUUUCUCAUUGCAUGAAGAACACAAACAGGGUAUUUACACUCGAAGACCUCCAUAAUAUUUUUAACAUGAUUACUUCCUCGUUCAUUAAGGAUCACAUUCAACUUUUGGAGUUUCAAAACUGAGAAAUAACUGAGAAAGAAGCAAGAAUGCUCAAUACACAAUUCGGCAGUAUUUUCACAGUAAACUUCCAUAAUGCUGUUCUAUAUAAGGCUGCCAGGUAUACACGACGUGAAUCUUCAGGAUGUAAUAUCUUCUAAUCAACUCUCAUAGCUAAAAAGCCCUCAUUAUCCACU